AUGGCUCCUAGUCUGUUGCAUUCGAAUAGGCCUGACAGUCUCAGCCAUCAAAAUACUCGAACAUUCCAGUCGCACUUCUCUAAACAUGAUUCUAUCCAAAUUUACCUGGUCCAGUACUGGUCCAGUGUAGACAGUCUGUCGGCGCCGAUCAAAGAAUCGACAUUUUUGAAAGCCGCAUGGAUUCUGACCCUUCGUUGCUUCCAGCCAGAGGAGGUGAUAAACAUGAGCUACGAAGAAGAAGUAAUUCCGAGAUCUGGAUCAUCUGGUUCGCCUGUCACUUUCUCGGUGCGAGUGAAGCCAGAUUGGGAUGUACGAUCGCUUCUUGAGACACUGGAGAUGAACAAAUCCGAUAGAGUGCCGGACUCCCACAAUUAUGGGGCGGUUUGUAACUCAGCACUCAGAUACGUAACUAUUCCAGGCCCACCUUUGGCCCCAACAACCUCAUUCAAUGGAAUCUUAGAGCUUGUCAUUAUUAAGAGCGAUAACCGGAUGAGUGCGAGCAUCAAUAAGUCGGAAACUGUCGCAAAUUACUUGGUUGAGAGCAUGUUAAGGACAUUUCAACACGUCCUUCGUCAAAUUAUCGUUCAUCCUGUGACCCUCAAGCUAGAAGCGAUCGACUACUGCCCAGAAUUCCACCGAAAGGCAAUCAGAAGCCUGACGCACAUCAAAUCAGCCACUAGCUUCAACUGCUUGCACGAUUUAAUCAUACAAAAUUGCCAAAGACAUCCAACAAGGCUUGCAGUUCGCUCAUUUGAUGGCGACUUGACUUAUCAGGAAUUGGAUAUUCUGUCUCUCCGAUUGGCACGCCAUCUUAUUCAAUUGGGUGUACAACCCGAAACUUUUGUUCUGAGUAGCUUCCAGAAGUCAACUUGGGCAAUCGUAGCUCGAUUGGCCAUUCUGCGGGCAGGAGGUGCCUAUAUCUCGAUCCACUCGAGCAAUCCACCAGCCUAUCUCAACUCGGUCAUACAGCGCACUGGAACCAAGAUUAUGCUGAGUGAUCCGGGCUUUGCAGAUCAAUUCCGUAAUACAAUCGAAACGGUUAUUGUCGUCAGCCGUGAAUGGCUACAGACGCUUCCAUUAGAAACGCCGGCCUCAUUACCAGUGGUUCAGCCAUCGAAUGCCUGCACGGUCCUGUUCACCUCUGGGAGCACUGGUAGACCCAAGGCCAUUGUGCAAGAGCAUCAGUCUUAUGCCUCUGCUAUUCGGGACUAUGCGCGGAAUCUUGGCCUAGAUGGAGACACCAGGUUUUUGCAUUUUGAUGAUUACGCAUUUGACAUCAGUAAUUUGGAGUUCUUAGUUCCCCUCAUUGUAGGAGGUUGCUGCUGUGUGCCGGGGCCAAUGAAGACUGUUCAGGAUCUCGCCUGCAACAUUCAAAUGCUCAACGCCAACAUUGCUUUCCUGACACCCACUGUGGCCAUAAAAGCAAACCCGGAAGAAAUGAGCAGUCUCAAAAUUCUAUGCGUCGGUGGAGAGCCUCUUCCGAAAGAUCUUCUAAACAAGUGGGCCAACAGCUCGACAACGUUGAUCAACCAAUUUGGCAUGGGCGAAGCUGCGGUCUGCUGCGCAUACAACGACAAUGUACAUGAUCCUAGUAGCUCGCCUGCUACUAUUGGGAGGCCCUCUAGUGGUGCAAUCUGGAUUGUUGACCCGAUAUGCCCAGAUAAGCUGAUGCCAAUUGGCGCCGUCGGUGAAAUCGUGAUUGAAGGACCUCAUCUUUCAAGGGGCUACCUUGAUCAGGAUCAUCAAGCAUCAGACCGGACGAAGCCAGCUGGUUUUCUCCAGGAUAUUCCCUGCUGGUUAAAUGAGCUUCACCCAGAUCGACUAUCUACCCGCUUAUAUAAAUCGGGAGACCUGGCACGAUGGACCCAUGAUGGACGGAUCGAGUAUAUUGGGCGAAAAGACACAAUUGUAAAACUUGACGGGUGCCGAAUCGACGUGAUCGAGGUCGAGCACCUUGCAAGAAAAUCACUUGGAUCCAAAGACGCCAUUGUGGUGGACCUUCUUGGCAUCAUUGAUGGCAAAGAAGAUCCCUGUCUAGCUGCAUUCUUAUACCUCAGUGACCACCCCAAAAACUCCGAAACGGAAGAGCUCGUUUUGGAAGAUGCAAGUCAAGAUCAAAAGGCAUUUCAGAAAGUGGCUGAAAUCAAGAAGGUCCUUGCCAUUUCCCUCCCGCCCUAUAUGAUUCCGACGUUGUUCUUGCUGGCUACGCGAGUACCGCGUACGCCUUCAAAAAAGACCGAUCGCAGGAUGAUUCGGCUGGUUUCACAAGCCUUUUAUGCUCGGGAGCGUGAAGCACGGAGCAGCCCCUCAUCCGAUCUUGGAAAUACGCAGCUUCUUCCUCCAUGA